CGCACACCGAAGAUCAUUCUCGGUUUGAGGCUCGAAGCGAACGGAUAGCGGAAGUGAAAAAUUUAAAGUGUAGAAAAAAAGAUUAUAUUUUUAAAUCAUUUUAAAAAGUUCUUUCGAUUUCAACCAACGGAAAAUUUGUGCAAAACAACAUUAUCGAAGAUCGUUUGCUUUUGAACUCAACAUUUCAAGAAAUUCGGGAACGUUUCGAAAACCAUCCACUGAAGAAUAGAUAUUGAAAUUUUUUUUGUGAGAAGGAAAAAUCGAUAGUCCUUAAACCCGACUUCAAGCCGAACGAAACCAGUGAAAAUGUGUGAUCCGUGCUGCUCUCCCUGUGAUCCUUGCUAUCCCUGCUACCCUUGCAUGCCCCGUUCCGCCUCCUAUCUCAGCUGGUGGAAACGUCCCUUGAUAGUGUUCGAUAGCACUAAUACAUUGCACUACAGCUGGAAUUUGCGUCGCAAGGAACCGAACAUUCCGGACAUUCGUUACGAAGAAAUGUAUUGCGGCGGUCAACGAAUCUACUGCGCUUCACUUGCAUGUAAACAAUCCACAAAUCACAACCACCUCCUUAUCCAACAAAAGGGUUCCUGUCCGCCUCCUUGCGCCAACGGCAGCCUCUGCGAUCCAUGCGCUCCGAGAACCUACGCGGCUCAUGACCUGAACUGCAUGCCACAGUGUCCUAGCGUCUGCCCUCCUGUGCAGUGUGGCCCUCGAUUCAUCACAGUUCAACAACCGCCCAGGGUGAUAGCCCAACGGAAACUCAUUAACUGUUGCCGCACCGUGGUUGAUAAGCAUGUGGUUCCCCGCAACAAAACGAUCGUCGAGCCGAAGAUCAUUUACGAACCUCGAACCUACAUAGAGCCUUGCAUUAUUUAUCGUAAACGAGUCGUUCCGGAUCCAAAAAUUCUGUACUACAAACGCAUCGUGCCAGAUCCGAAGAUCGUCUGCACUCCACGUACCAUUACGGAGCCCAAGGAAAUAUGUACGACCAUGGUUUGUCAGCCAAAACCGCAAAUUGUUCAGAUUCCACCACCACCGCAGUAUUGCUGCAUACCAACGUGUACCGGCUUCUCUAAGUCACCUGCAUGCUCUCCGUGUGAAAGACCUGCUAAGCGAUGCUAGGAAGCAACUGGGAGAACGAGGCGAGUUAAGGUCCCCGCCAGAGCCUGCAAAAGUCGUGAACUACGUGGGGGAGUGUUGAUUUAUAACUGCGAAUGUCUAAAACGUAAUGGCCUUCAGCACGAUUGCCCCCGUACGGAAUGCCAGGGCAAAACCUGCUGUUUAACAAAACCGGAAGCUACCUGUUGCCCAUCAACCUAUGCCAGGCGGUUCCGCUUUGUAACGAUGGGUAACAAGAGUAAUCCCAUUUGUCCAAAACGAUGUCGUGUCAGCACCAUUGGAAGCGGCUGCAAUCCAUGCGGAAUUGAUUGUUUCUCCUGUGGACCAUGUGGACCGUGUGCACCUUGUGGACCGUGUGCACCUUGUGGACCGUGUGCACCUUGUGGACCGUGUGCACCUUGUGGACCGUGUGGCCCGGUUUGUGAUCCCUGCUGUGGCCCUGUUUGUGACCCAAGUUGUCCUCCUGUAUGUGAUCCAUGCGGUUGUAUUCCACAAGGGGACUGUGGACCAUGUGGAGCUCCAACACCGAACUGUAUGCCAUGCUAUGAUCCAUGCACGCCCAGUGUUCCACCGUCAUGCGGAGACAUGUGUCCGCCUUACCCAAACUGUGAGCCUUGCUGCUAGGGCGAAUAUCCUUCAAUGAUUAUGAAUGCAUGCAUGUGUCCGGAGGUUGUUGAUAUCCGCCCUCCUUCUGCGAUAUUUACCAUCUUUAGUGCCAACCUUUUGACAUAGUCACUGUCCAUGUUAUUUUUCCUUCUUUCUUCGAAUUGUUGACUUCAGCACCCACCAUCUAAAUAAUCAUGCAUCGAUGAAGAAAUCGUUAAAUUAAAACUAGCCAACAAUUAGUGCACGGAAUCCACAUUCUCGCCGCACACAAAUCGAGAUCAAAUGAAUAAUCAAUAAAGUUGUUUGUACCGUAUUAAAAAA